UUCACCGUUUCCACCUCAUCUCUAUGCUUAUCUUUCUCUCGAUCUCUCUCUGUAUUUGUUUAAACAACUUCCUCUGCUCUCCUCAACACAAACCAAACGAAGAAUUAAUAAAGACUGUCCAUAACUAAACAAAUUAUGUACUAUCUCCCCACUUCUUGCCUCGUCUUGUUCUUCCUCGUCUUCUUGUUUCAUCCUCUUCCUUGUGCUUCAAGUAAGCAAGAACAUAAAUUGUGUGAGUCUCUGUUUCAGUGCGGGAACAUCACCGCCGGUUUCCCUUUCUGGGGAGGGAAUCGUCACAAACAUUGCGGUCAUCCAUUGCUGAAGCUUCACUGCAACAAAAGCAUCACCUCUAUAUCCAUCUCAGAGCAAAAUUUCAAAGUUCUUCAAGUAAAUCAACCAUCAAACAGUCUAACACUUGCCAGAAAAGACCAUUUGGGUUCUUUUUGCUCCUGUAAAUUCACCAACACAACCUUGCCUCCAGAAAUUUUUGAGCUUUUGCCAACCUACAAGAACCUCACCGUAUUCCACAAUUGCUCCUCUACAUUCGCCAACACAAUCUUGCCUCCAAAAACUUUUGAUUUUCCGCCAACCUACAAGACCCUCACUGUAAACCACCUUUCAAGAUAUAAAUGCCCAAAGAUAGGUUUUAUCUUAGUGUAUGAAAAACCUAAAUAUCACGAAUUCUGCCCUGCCAGAUUCACCGUGAACGUUCCUACGAGUUUCGUUUCAGAAGAGAGAGAGUUAAAUAUAACCAAUUUGGAAAGUGUUUUGAGAAAAGGAUUUGAAGUGAAGGUCAAGAUCGACGAGAGAGCUUGUCAAGAAUGUUCAUCCUCUCAUGGAAUCUGCGGCUUCGAAAAUACUACACAGGUUUGCUGCAAGGAAGACUCAUCAUCAGGAAUUAAAUGCAGUCCAUUCCAUCCACCAAGUGCUGAUGAGUAUCACAGACGCUGCAGUGGCCCGUUUAGCUGUGGCGAUCAGAACGAUCUCUUUUACCCUUUCUGGAUGCCUGGAAGAGAAGACUGUGGCCACCCGGACUUCAAGCUCGACUGUAGUAGAGGAUUCGCAGAGCUGAACAUUUCCUCCGUGAUGUUCAGAAUCUUAAAUAUGAGCUACGAAUCUCCUAUCAUAAGACUUGCCAGAUCGGAUUAUAUCAACAACAUAUGUCCUUCAGAUCCUCUAAACGCACCAUUCAACCAAAGUGUUCUUCCACUUGCGCCUGACACCGAUCUGCUAACAUUAUAUUACGACUGCAGCUCCCUAGUCUUACCUCCUGGAAGUAAUUACUUUGGACGGUUUGGUUGUGGGGACGAUGAUAGCGAUGAUAGCGAUGAUAGUUACUUUGUGACGAGAAACCUCACGUCCUCUUUCCUUAGCCCGUUUCAUGCCUUUAUAGACAACUCCAGGACAGCUUGCACACGGAAUGUCAGUAUUCCCGCGUCUGGUCAGUCUCUGAACACACUAGAGAACAAUCCGACUCGAGAGAAUCUAUUCAAGGCUCUUGGCGACGGUUUUGAGCUUAGAGUAAACCAAGAAUGUUCGACGUGUAUUCGUUCUGAGGGUGCUUGUGGAUAUAAUAAGAGUUCAGGUGGAUUCGCCUGCUAUUGUAUAGAUGGGCGUCAUAACACUACUUGUAGUUCUAGACACAAGGGUCUCUCAACCGGAGUAAAAGCAGGCAUUGGAGCUGCUUCUGGAAUUGUGGUGGUCAUUCUUAUAGCCGGAGUUUUCUUCUGUCUCAUCAGGCGACGAAGGAAGACACAAGAAGCUCAAUACACAAGCAAAGACUUGCCAACAACGUCUUAUUCAAGCAGAGAAGCAUCAAGCUUCCCAACUUCCACAACAUUCUCCAGCAGCAAUCACUCUCUUGUUCCCUCAAUCUCUAACCUCGCAAACGGAAGCACCUACUUUGGUGUUCAAGUCUUCAGCUACGAAGAACUUGAGGAAGCUACUGAGAAUUUCUCUAGAGAGCUCGGAGAUGGAGGCUUCGGUACAGUUUAUUACGGCGUGUUGAAAGAUGGACGAGCUGUAGCAGUGAAACGACUCUACGAGAGAUCGCUGAAACGCGUUGAACAGUUCAAGAACGAGAUCGAGAUCUUGAAAUCGCUGAAACAUCGGAACCUCGUGAUCCUCUACGGAUGCACAUCGAGACACAGCAGAGAGCUCUUGCUCGUCUACGAGUACAUCUCAAACGGAACUCUUGCCGAUCAUCUCCACGGCGAUCGAGCUGAAUCUCGUCCUCUUUGCUGGCCCGUUCGUCUAAACGUCGCGAUCGAAACCGCAAACGCUUUAUCAUUCCUCCACAAAUCAGGGAUCAUACACAGAGACGUGAAGACGACGAACAUUCUUCUAGACGAGAAUUACACGGUGAAAGUAGCCGAUUUCGGUCUCUCACGGUUGUUUCCGAUGGAUCAAACACACGUCUCCACGGCGCCGCAAGGCACUCCGGGAUACGUAGAUCCAGAAUAUUACCAAUGUUACCGUCUAAACGAGAAAAGCGACGUUUACAGCUUCGGAGUCGUACUCACCGAGCUGAUCUCCUCCAAGGAAGCCGUCGAUAUCACCAGGCACCGCCACGAUAUCAACCUCGCGAGCAUGGCCGUUUCCAAAAUCCAGAACAACGCGUUGCACGAGCUCGUCGAUCCGAGCCUGGGGUUCGAGAAGGAUCCGGAAGUAAGGAAGAGGAUGAUGUCAGUGGCGGAGCUUGCUUUCCGGUGUUUGCAGCAGGAGAGGGAAGUUAGGCCGUCGAUGGAUGAGAUCGUGGAGAUUUUGAGACGGAUUAAGGAGGGGAAUAGCGAGUCGUCGUCGCCGGAUGUGGUGGAUAUCGAGGGAAGCCGAGGAGAUGAUGUUGGAUUGCUUAGGCAUAGUGUUCCUCCGCCGAUUUCGCCGGAGACUGAUAAGUGGACGAGUAGUUCAGAUACGGCGGCGAGUUCGUUUUGAGAGUAUAUAAUUAGGGCGCGUCGGGGUAUAAUACUCACUGGUAAGUGGUUUUUUUGUAACUUCUUUUAUUUUAUUUUUGGCUCGAUUGUAUCAAAUGGACGUAUUAGUUUUAUGUUUGCAUCUCGAUUAAGAAGAUCAUAAUGUAUGUCAUUACGUUUUUGGAUACUAAUGAAAAUGACAAUAGUCUAUACUCUUCAUGUCCGAUUUGACAUAAGACAGUAAUAGUAGAUUACUGCCAUUUUUAUAA